AAAAACCACGCGUUGCAGCGAGAGCGGCUUUAGUCGUCGGCACAACGGAGUGGCUUAGGGUAAACUUGUUGUAGCGCUCACAAGCAACUGCCAUUUCACUUCGCUCCCCUGUGACGCUUGCUUUUUGUGGGGCGCCUGUUGACUACGGAGGGCUGUACAAGGAAUAACAUCACCACCAUUGGAAUAACAUCACCAUUGCAUUGGGGGCGAGAGGAGCAAAAUGGAAUGCAAGCUGGAAGCUCACCGCAUCGUCAGCCUCUCGCUGGGCAAGAUGUACAGCGCGCGGGGCCAGCGCGGAGGCGCGAAGCUGCACAAGAACCUCCUGGUGUCGCUGGUUCUGCGCAGCGCCCGCCAAGUCUACCUGAGCGAGCUGGAGUGCUCCCCUUCUUCGCCCGCGCCCUCUUUUCCUCCUCCUCCGCUCGCGGUUCUCGUGCCUUCGGGGCCGGGUGCGGAUCCGCUUCGGGGUGGCGGCGGCGGCGGCGGAGGGGACCCUCAGGCGGCGCCCGAGGAGGGAGCGGCGCCCGCGGGGGGCUCCCCCUUGAAGAAGCCUCGCCAGAGGGAAGAGGAGGACGACGAGGAGGAGGACAUGGAGACGAGCAACGUGGCCAGCCUCAUCAGCAUCUUCGGCUCCAGUUUUUCGGGACUGCUCACCAAAAAGUCCCCCGGCGGCGGCGGCGGCGGCAGGAACAGCAGCCGCCCGCGGCGAAGGCGGCAGGAGGUCGAGGAGGGAGCCGAGGCAGCGCUGGGGCUGGGGGCGGCAGCAGAUCCUGAGCCCCCCGGGCCGGUCUGUGCCGACGGCCCCGUGCUCCGAAGUCUCCACCCGUGGAGGAGCACAGCCAUCGUGGCUUUUUGACCUUGGCACCGACGCACAGGACCGGGAAUAAAUAGCGGGAACUCGCGUUGGAUCCGGAGUUGGAGGCGAAGUUUGACUUGGGCUUGUUUCCAAAUCCUCGUAGCCUGGCUGGGCGCCGCCUGCUUUGUCUACGGUGUGCCGGGUGCGCUGCCCCCCCCCUUUCCCGGGAGAGGUAGCCCUGGCUCGCCCUGGGACGGGGGUCCGAGGAGGCGCCUGCGCUUGAAUGCCCCCCCCCCGCCUUUUCCGGCCGCCGUUUGUCAGCCCCGCUCGAAAGGGGUUUCGGCUCAUCGCCGCCUGGUUUGAGACCCCCUGCCCGCCAAGGGUCUGGCUUGGGCGCCCUCCUCCCUGCCCUUUCCCUCCCCCGACGUCGGUUUUGAAGGUCAAAUGCCCUCCUUCGCCUGCCUUGCCGAGCAUGUUUCCCGAGCAACCGAUGAGACCCAAGUUUUUAUUACAAGCGGCAGCUUACGUUUGGGGGUGAAGGGGGGGAGGCCAGGGCAGAAGAGUUUUUUUUUUCCUAAUUGAUCGUGGUGUUGUUGAAAGUGUGUUAACUGUUUACAAAUCUGUGGUUCAAAGUUGACUCCCGGUCUUUGUUAUAUAAAGGCUCUUGGGAGGGAAGGUCUUCAUGGACGUUCUGUACAGUAUUCGGUUUCUCCAGCUGUUUAUUUUGUAUGGAAAUGUAACGUCUUGCGUGGGCAACACGCAUUAAAUAGUUCAAUCUUG